GUCUGUGCCCAUAGGAGUGAGACAGCAGGAGCCGUGGCAUGCUCAGGAGAGUGGGACCGUCUCUGCGUCACUUCUUGCUGGAGAGGAAGAGCAGCGCUGGAUAUAGCUUGUACUCGAGCGAGGCGAAAAUGUCAAGGCCAGUGCAAGCUCGGAGGCUGGAGGGAACAGAUAAGAAUAUCUGGGUGGAGUUUGUAAAACUGGCUACCACCUACUCCACAGUGAACCUGGGCCAGGGCUUCCCCGACUUCUCCCCACCGGACUUUCUGACGGAGGCGUUCAUGAAAGCCCUCAGCAGGGAGAACCAUAUGCUGCACCAGUACACCCGUGCCUUCGGCCACCCACCUCUGGUGAAGAUCCUAGCCCAGUAUUUUGGGAAGCUGCUUGGACGAGACCUGGAUCCUAUGACCAAUGUGAUGGUGACUGUGGGGGCAUACCAGGCCCUUUUCUGCUGCUUCCAGGCUUUCAUUGACGAAGGCGAUGAGGUGAUAAUCAUUGAGCCCUUCUUCGACUGCUAUGAGCCAAUGGCAAAAAUGGCUGGUGGGAUGCCUGUGUUUGUCCCACUGAGACCGAAAGCUCCGAAAGAUGGAAAAUUGAUGUCUAGUGCAGACUGGCAGCUGGACCCAGGUGAAUUGGCUUCUAAAUUCAGUGAACGGACAAAAGCCAUCGUCCUGAACUCACCCAACAACCCUCUGGGCAAGGUAUUUAGCCGAGGGGAGCUGGAGCUCAUUGCAGAUCUGUGUGUGAAGCAUGAUGUCCUGUGCAUCAGUGAUGAAGUGUACGAGAGGCUGGUGUACGAUGGGAAGGAGCACAUCCGCAUCGCCAGCUUGCAAGGGAUGUGGGACCGCACGGUGACCAUCGGGAGUGCUGGGAAAACCUUCAGUGCCACUGGAUGGAAGGUGGGUUGGACCAUGGGACCCAACCGGCUGCUGCAGCACCUCCGUACCGUGCACCAAAAUUCAGUGUACCACUGCGCCACAAUUGCCCAGGAGGCUGUGGCUCAGGGUUUCCAGAGGGAGCUCGAGCUCUAUGGGAAACCAGAAAGCUACUUCGUCCAAUUGCCCAAGGAGAUGCAGCAGAAGAGAGACUGGCUGGUCCAGAGCCUGGAUGCUGUGGGGAUGAAACCCAUUGUUCCCGAGGGCACCUACUUCUUGGUGGCAGACAUCUCGGAGUUCAAAUCUGACGUCCCUGAUGCCCCCGACUCCGAUGAGCCCUACGACUCCAGAUUUGCAAAGUGGGUGGUCAAGAACAAGGGCCUUGCCACCAUCCCACUCUCCGCUUUCUACUGUGAGGCCCACAAGAACAACUACAACCAUUUCAUCCGGUUCUGCUUCGCAAAGGAGGAAGCCACACUGAAGGCAGCAAACGACAUAUUGCAAAAAUGGAAAUGGGAAAAAACUAGUCCCUGA